CACAAGUGACUAUGGCUAUAAUUUACAAAGGCAAAAUCGCGGCAAUACAGUUAGUCUUAAAUAUUUAAAGUUACUCACUUCGCCACCAGCUGCAUGCAACAGUUAUCAAUGAUCAUGUCAUUGUGCUCAAUAUCUGGAUAUUCUUUAGCCAAGCGCUUUGAGGUUUCUAAGAACAAACCGUCCGAUAAUUUCAUGAUAUUCGCCUUGUGUACUGUUGUCACCUGAAAAAGAAAGUAUAAUCACAUUAUUAAUCUUAAGGUCACAGAACAAACCCUGCUAUUUUCUUGCCAUUUAAAUUUGAGCAUUAAAUAGUAUGUCAUACAUUAUAUUACAUCAACUAAAGGAAUUGGAAGCAUGGAAUGGAAAAAUCUGCAGCAACUUAAAAUAUUCUACCUUCUUCCUGCCGUUUUUCCUGGCGAACUCAAAUGCGAACCUGGCUACUCUCUCAGAGUUGCUUGCGGUCACAACCUUCAUGGACUCAAUCACUCCGUGCACACUCUCAUGUUCCAACAUAGCAUAUUCUCCUUCUGUGUUCUGUCUAUUAAAAAUAAUACAAUUCAUGUUUUCCAAUUCAUAAAGAUUUUGGUUCAUUUUUAAUCUCAAUGAUUUGUUAUGUGGAGUCUAUUUUUAGUUUUCUUUCAUUUUAAAGAAAUCCAUAUAAUAUAACAAACAAGUCAUAAAAAUUAUAAAACACAUGUAGUAAAAAAAACAUAAGCUUUAAAUUAAUGUUCAAAUAACAAAUAUAAAAAUAAUUUAGUUUAGUUCUUAUAAAAUUUAACAAGAUUAAUAAGCUUAAUAAGACUUAACUUGUAAUAAAACAUUGACAUAUUUAUGUAAUACAUACUAUUUUGGUAAAGACAUAAAUAUCAUUGCUUCUGAUAAAGAUCUGGUAAAUUUCUAUCACUUGUUUUUAUUGUCAGUCAAAAGUAACUGUCGAUAUAUAAAAUUUGAGAUAUAAAAUUUCUAUUUUCAUUACUAAUGGAGGAAAAAGUGCAUGCUUUAGUGGCAUUCAAAUUCAUAUUAUAUUAGAUACCUGAUGAUAACAACAUCAAUAUCCUUGUGCCUUGUUUCAACACCUGGGAAAGAUUUACAGUUCAGCACGUAAGCAUACAUGUCGAGUUCAUUACGAAGUGCCACAUUACGGGACGUAACAUAUGCUGCCUCGCUCUUGGUUUCAAUGUUACCCUGAAAAUCAAGGAUACAUUAACUCUAUUGAAACAGUAAUUUUUGUUGACAAAACAAUACUAACAAUAUUUAAUCUAAUAAAAUGUGGUGAUAUAAAAUUCACUUGGUGUACAGACUCAACAAAUUAAACCAUCUAUCCUUACCUUUAGUCCAACACCAUUCCUUUUAAUUGUAGUGAUAGCAUAUAACACAUCAUCAUCAUUAUCUACUGUGGGGUCAAUAUCUACAAUUUCAAAGUCAACAGGAGCACCAAUAUAUCUAUAAGGGAAGCAAAAAUGUUUCACAAUAAUUAAUCAAAUAAGAAACUUAGUUAACCAUUCUGUACCUAGGCAGAGUGUUAGCAUUCUGGUUGUAUUUGUUUUAUUUGUUCUAUUAUAAGUCAGGGCUGCAAUGAGUUAAUAAAGUGUAAUUAUAAUAAUAAAUAUAAGAUAAGAUUACAUACACUGUUUAAAUCCGCAAUGAAAAUCUUUUAAUAAGAAAGUCUGAGAAAUCACAAAUGAAAAUCUUUUAUUAAGAAAUGGUGUCACUUAUUCAGCCAGACACAAGACGGGAAAAGAUUAUUCUGUACAUACAUUGACCCAACUUAAAAUCGAAGCCAAGACCUCACAAAUGACAAACUGCAAGUAAGCCAACUUGUCAUAACUCACUACCCAGAAUGAAAUUGAAAGCACAAAAUACUUACAAUUAUUAAAUAUUUAUUUAAUUUCAAUGAUCUGAUGAUAGCUAGAUCAUUUUAAGACCAUCUCUUUAUAUUGAAUCCCUUUUAACAAGUGUAAUAUUGUAUGUAAACCUAGGGGCUACAAGCUCCAGAUUGAGAAACAAUGGCAUAAAUUUUGAAAAUACACAACCCUACACAUUUUUGUAAAGAAAACCGAUCUAGUACAUAAAUGAUUUCUGUAUGUGCAAAUUGAUAAUAAUAAUACCACCGACAACGAGAUGAGAUUGGAGUCAGUCCGAAAGAUUGUACAUAUGAAGUAUUUUAGGAAGGUUAUUUAUACUUACUUAAAUAUGUCUCUCACGUAACCCAUACAUUCUGGACCAAUACCACCGCCAGGUAGCAUUGUGACUGCGUGCCUUCCACCAUACUGGGCUUUGGGAAUUAACUUCUGUUUCCUGAUAACUGGUGUUUUAUGCUGAACGUCGAAGUCGGAGAGCUGAGCAGGGGCUGCUGCAGCCGCUGAACUGGAAUAUGCAGCCUUGAUCUCCGGAAGAACUCUUAACUUAGAGAAUAAUCUCACUGCCAUCCUGAUUUAUCUACACAAGGCCGAGAAAAUCCUAAAUUUUCAGAUGACAGCUGAUGUUAAAUAAUCACAGGAAAAGGAAGACAGAACGAGAAAACCCUUUAUGAGAGUUUUCACCGAAAGAUGGCUCUGUUACGUCAAACCUUAGAAAAGAUGGCGCUAGUUCUGCUAAUUGAAAAUAUAAAGCAGUCGUGCAUGUAAACGUCAAAUCUUAAUUUGGUAGAUAUUUAAUCUUUGUAAUGUUUCACCAUUUUGCUUUAUUGUAUAAAUUUCGAUUUCUCCUUAGCGUUUUUUAUUUUUAUAUAAAAAUAAACAAAUUUAUUCGUAAUUUGAUACUAUUAAAAAUAAGUUGCGUGUUGUGGUCAUUCUGUUAGAUAUUAAUCUAAUAAAGUUUAUUUCUUAGACCAAUAAGACAAAGUAUUAGGUAAUUAGCUUUAGUAAAGUAACGUCAAAUAAAUGCAACAUUUUUACCGGCAUAUGACGUCACAUGUAAACAGGAAGCUCUCAUGUUAAACAAUGUUAUUAGAGAUAUGCAAAAUUGUUAUAAAUAAUUUUUAACAUUUUUAUAAAUAAAACCAGAGAAGAUACAAAUACAAAACACAAAAUUAAACUUCAAAUUUAUCUUCUGUAAUACUAUUUGUUUACUACGUAAAUAAACUACUAAGUAACUUCGUAACUUUUGUUCUAUUUUAGAUGAAAAUAAUUGUUAAAGUUUAAAUAGCCAAAAUCACACAAAAAGCGCUCUAUGUAAUAUCAAGUAAAUAUAUUAAAGCGACAUAACCCAUUUAUCAACUAUUUAUUUACGUAGUUAACAUAAAUAAAUAGUUGAUAAAUAUUCCCAUGAAAUAUAUUGACAAUAUGUUUACAAUGUAACAAACAACCAUUUAAAAUAAUAUUUUUCAGGAAGUAUCAAAUAUCCUAUGUGCUUUACAAUAAUCAUUUUAAGUAAUGGCAACAUUGAAGAAAAAUAUUUUAAGAGGUACCGUGUAUGGAAGCUUUACUGUCAUCAGCGGAGUUCUCCGGUGCAAGUGGCUGAAGAACGGGCGUCCAUUUUGCUUCGCCAUAUUGAAUUUGGUCGGACAUCUUUGGACGCCAUGUUUAGUCGGACAUAUUUUAUAAACAUUUUCGCGUAAAUUUCAAAUAUUUUUGAGCCUAAAUAGCGAACUUUUUUUCACUGAAAACUGUGGCAUUCAUUGCGGAUAUAAUUGGGUGGAAAAAUUCUGUGCCUACGCAGCAGUCCAUAUUCGCCUCCUGGGGGCCGUGCAGCUUUUGUUACAAGUUAAAUAGAGGUCGGAGGAGCGGUUCAACAUGAUGAACCAAGAAAUAAUGUGUGAAGUAGAAAUAGGCACCCAUGGGUCUAUGGUCGAGAUAGAUGGAGAGGACCAAGUCGGCGUCAAGUAUGAAGAGAUAGAAACUGGUCAAUAUGAAGAGUACAUCACUGAUGACCAGUAUGAGGAAGUGGAAGAGCAAGUCAUCGGAAUGCAGCAUCUCGAAGAAGUUGGCAGUGAGGAGGUAAUAUUACCUGGUAUAUCAGGAGAGGAAGUGUUACCGGGCAACGUUGAUAACCCCUAUGAUCCAGUUUACCCCACUCCACCGUCCACAAGCAGAAGGGGUCGCGGGCGGCCUCGCGCUUCAGGCAACAACAAUGCUAACAAUAUUCACCACUUGAUGCCCAUAGGCGAAGUGCCUAUGGGAUUGAUGGAAACAUCCGCCGGCGGUAGGGGUACGCGUCGAUGGGAACAGAAACAGGUUCAGAUCAAAACCAUGGAAGGGGAAUUCAGUGUCACCAUGUGGGCCACUGGAGACGAUGAUGGUGAGCGAAUGUACACCUUAUACACAAUGAUUGUUUUAGCUUUACGUGUAUUUGUCGAAGGUGGGAUGCGUUUUCUUUGACUGUUUGUUUUUAAACUACCUCCUGCAUACGAAUUAAUAGCAUAUUUAUAUCUAAAAAACUUAUGUUAUUGAGAAUAAUCAUUGAGAUUUUGUACUUAUCUCAAUUCAGAAACCGGCGGAUAGUCGUAUUCAUAUUGAAAUUCAUAUGUAUGGUCUAUUUUAAGAUCAAUACGUACUGCUAGGUUCUGUCGCUAGAUUGCAGCACUAGCACAUGUAGUAAACAGUUUUUUUUUUUAAUAUAAAUAUCAAUAAGAGAAUAGUAAGCAAAGAGAAUUUAAUAAUUAUUGAAUUUAUGAAGAGUAAUCUUAUCAAAUAAUACAUCAUCUGGAUGUAAAAGCGGCCAAGUGUGAAUCACGAAGUUCCAU